UCUUAGCUACCUCUGAUGGGACGAGGCAGGGGCUGGACAGCACGAGAGGAGGAGUGUGUGUGACACGAGGGAUGAAGGUGAUUCUCAAAGUGGGACAGAGUGAGUAUCAUCAUCAUCCUUACUAUAUAUAUAUACAGAACCAGUUAAAAGUUUGGACACACCUACUCAUUCAAGGGUUUUUCUCAAUUUUUACUAUUUUCUACAUUGUAUAAUAAUAGUGAAGACAUCAAAACUAUGAAAUAACACAUAUGGAAUCAUGUAGUUACCAAAGAAGUGUUAAACAAAUCAAAAUAUAUUUUAGCUGGUUGAGAGAAUGCCAAGAGUGUGCAAAGAUGUCAUCAAGGCAAAGGGUGGCUAUUUGAAGAAUCUCAAAUAUAAAAAAUAUAUAUAACACUUUUUUGGUUACUACAUGAUUCCAUAUGUGUUAUUUCAUAGUUUUGAUGUCUCCACUAUUAUUCUACAAUGUAAAAAUAAAGAAAAACCCUUGAAUGAGUAGGUGUGUCCAAACUUUUGACUGGUAGUGUAUAUUCUUGUUGAUUUGCUGUAAUUAGUCUUUCAAUAGUAAUCAUCCUCAUAUAAACUAAUGUGCAUGGGGUCUUUAAUAUUCUUGUACAUAUUUUGUAACAAUAUUCAGGAAACUGUGCUAUGUAAUGUUGUUCACAACCCUAAAGAAACUGUGUGAUUUCCCAUAGCUGCUUAUGGCCUCCCACCCAAACCCAAACCAGACCCAAACCGCUUCCACCCCAAAGGUAAGUCUACAGUACAGUACUCCAGAAGGAAGGAGAGGAAACUCUCCUCACUGGUUUAAUGAUACAGUAUUUACAGUACUAGUCAUUGAUCCUGACCCCUCUCCCCUAACAGGGAACGGUACCACGCCCAAGGCUGGUGGAGAGGGCGAGGGGAACAACCCUCUACCCUCCUCUAACGUGGCGGUGAUCACUGGAGCGGCAGGGGGCGGAGCCUUCCUCCUCAUCGUGACUUCCGUCAUCUGUGUGGUGUGUUACCGCUGGCGACAGAACAAGCACUCUGAGACCCACCACCCCACCCUGAACCCUGGCCACCCUCACCCCCAAGAGGGGCAGCAACAACGGGGCCGGCUCCUCCGCCGGAGGCAACAAUGGUUCGGAGCCCAGUGACAUCAUCAUCCCUCUGCGGACUUCAGACCAGGCUUACUGCCCGCACUACGAGAAGGUGAGCGGGGACUACGGCCACCCCGUCUACAUCGUCCAGGAGAUGCCUCCCCAGAGCCCAGCCAACAUCUACUACAAA